AUGCUUCGCCUACGCAGGUACCGGGUGUAUCUCGCACUCGCCGCCGUAGCUCUCUUCCUUCUCUACCGCAUGUCCCAGGACACUGAUUGGGAAUCAUUGGCCAAACCCAUCGAUUACACCUCUGAAAACCCCAAGGAAAAGACGACAAGCACCCUCGAGGAUUUGAAUAUCCAGCGCAAGCGGCCUCAGCAGAAGCCUCUUGACAGCUUGGAGAAGGAGAACGAGAAAGCAACUGUCAAGCUUCCAGACUUGAAGGACUCCGAGGAUGAUGGCACCGAGGUCGACUACACGCUUCCCACAGUAGCCACCAGCUUAGCGAAGGCUGAGCCUACCACGGCGGAAGACGACGACGAGACGGCUGUCGACAGCACAACAGCAAAGACCGCAGAUACACCAGCAGUCGUCGCCAGCACAAAAAUCACUGCGCCGUCAGAAAUUCACUGGACCAGGCCGGUGGAAGUCUUCCCGAUCAAAUCCGCGUCCCUGAUCACUCUUCCAACUGGAACGCCCAAGACGAUACCAACAGUGCAGCAUGUCUUCAAGAAAGAGUCGCCAGAGGCCCAAGAGCUUCGUGAGAAACGCCUUGCUAUCGUGAAGGGCGAGGCGAAACGUGCUUGGGCAGGCUACAAGAAACAUGCAUGGCUGCGCGAUGAAUUGAUGCCCGUCACACAGGAGUUCAAAGACCCUUUCUGUGGCUGGGCUGCCACCCUCGUCGAUGCACUCGAUACGCUAUGGAUCAUGGGCAUGAAAGAGGAAUUCGAGGAGGCUGUCGAAGCAGUAGCCACCAUUGAUUUUACCACAACGACCCGGUCGGAAAUCCCCGUUUUUGAGACCACGAUCAGAUACCUAGGAGGAUUCCUCGGUGCCUACGACGUCAGUGGAGGCAAAGAAGGCGGACACGGCAUCUUGUUGCAAAAGGCCGAAGAACUUGCCGAAAUUCUCAUGGGCGUGUUUGAUACGCCAAACCGCAUGCCUAUUCUGUACUACCACUGGCAGCCAGCCUUUACCGGCAAACCCAAACGAGCAUCAACCAGCGCCGGUGUGGCUGAGUUGGGCUCGCUGUUGAUGGAGUUCACCCGUUUGGCGCAAGUGACAAAUAACAACAAGUACUACGAUGCCGUGGCGCGUAUUACGGAUGCAUUGGAGGAGUGGCAGAACAGGCCACAUGGUACUUCCAUUCCUGGCAUCUUCCCUGAGCAUGUGGAUGCAUCAGGUUGUAAUUCAACAGCUCGUACAAACGCCGAGAUCAAGCUCUCUGCAGAGCAGACCGCGACAGUGAAGAGUGUGCUCGACCCACCAGCUGGCUAUGUUGGUGGGGAGAUUUUCCCCGAAUCGGAGUCUGCCACAGAUACGAACACGGUUCCCGAGCUUGCAUUACCUGCCAAGACCAAAAAGGUAUUGACUGCUCCUGUUAUUCCAUCAGCUCCGGAUCUGUACCAGCAUAUGAUGACCGACAAGGUGACCGGUGAGCCCUAUACGUUGACCGAAUUCGCGGAAGUCUGUUAUCCACAAGGCCUGACUGGCGCUUACUGGGGAAGAGAAUCGUUCAGCAUGGGCGGUAGCCAAGACUCCACAUAUGAGUACUUUCCGAAGCAGUACCUGCUUCUCGGUGGUUUGGAACAUAAAUACGAGACGAUGCACCUCAAAGUCGCGGACGCGGUCAAGAAAUGGCUUCUCUACCGACCCAUGGUCCCGGAUAAUCGCGACCUUCUCUUUAGCGCCAAGGUCACUACAAGUGGCAAGCCUGAAACAGACCUCCGGACUGAAUAUGAGGUCACGCACUUGACCUGCUUUCUUGGUGGUAUGUUCGCGCUCGGUGGCAAAAUUUUCGAUGAGCCUGUGGAUGUUGAAAUUGGUAAGAAACUUACGGAUGGUUGUGUUUGGGCCUAUGAAUCGAUGCCCACGGGUAUCAUGCCCGAGGCCGCCACUGUCGUGCCGUGUGCGGAGGCAAGCAAUUGCAAGUGGAACGAGACGCUCUGGCACCAGUAUCUGGAUCCGCUCUGGGGCACGCGAGAGAGACAAAUCGACGACUAUUACAAGCGCAAAGCCGAAAGGAAGGCGAAAGCCGAAAAGGAAAAGCAAAAGGCCCUAGAGCUAGAAGCUGAGGCCGAGCUGGACGAUACCGCGGAACUCGAAGAUGAAAUUCUGGCCGCGGCACCGAACAACGUGGGCUCUAUGAGGAAGCGAGAUUUGGAUGUAGAUUCAGAGGACCUUGAAACCAGCUCCAAUGAUAACCGGCCGCCGAAAAAGACGACCAAAAAGAUAACACUUGAAGAUUCCGUCGGUAAUAAUGACAUCCUUCUAGCUGCAGGCGGUACUGGUACAGUUAACAGGCCUGCACGAAAAGCCGAUAUUGCACAGAUCCCACUGGACACCGAUGAGAAGGAGGACAGGACUAAGCCUGAUCCCAGUAGACCCCUUACGCACGAAGAGUACAUCAAACAGCGCCUCACAACUGAGAAGACGCCGCCUGGUUUCGUAUCGACUCAAGCCAGAAAUUACAUUCUUCGCCCUGAAGCUAUCGAAUCCGUUUGGUACAUGUACCGCAUCACGGGCGAUACGACAUGGCAAGAAAAGGGCUGGAAGAUGUUCGAGUCCAUCAUCGCGGCAACUCAGACAGAAGCCGGGCAUAGCGCGAUUAGCAACGUCAUGUCGGACGAACCGGAUAAGAACGACUCGAUGGAAAGUUUUUGGCUCGCUGAGACACUGAAGUACUUUUACUUAUUGUAUACAACGCCCGAUGUAAUAAGUCUCGAUGAUUGGGUGCUGAACACGGAGGCACAUCCUUUCAAGAGACCAUUGCCUGUUUGA